CGGGAGCAGCAGGGCUCAGGGGCUUUGCAGACCCAGCUGGACCCAGAUGCCUGCCCCACAGCAUUACCCCGAGCUGAUCCAGCAGCACCAGCAGGCCCUGCUCUGCUGGAUCAAGGGGAACCCCCAGCCCCUGCUGCGUCGGCUCCACGACACCAAGGUGCUGAGCCAGGCCGAGUACUUCGCCCUGCUGGAGACGGCCCCCGAGAUGAACCAGGUCAUCGCGCUGCUGGAGUCGGUCAGCCAGGGUGUCGAGCGGAGCCGGUGCUUCCUGGAGGCGCUGCGGGAGCUGCAGGAGGAAUACGGCGCCGAGCUCCAGCAAUGGCUGAAGGAGAAGUACCCGGAGAAAAAGAGACCGUGUCCUCCAUUGCAACCAGACAAUCCCAACCCUCCGAAAUCCAACCACACAUUCCUACGGAAAAUCCUGCGGAAACACACCAAGAAGUAUGAGCCAACCCCAGAGCCGCCAGGUGAGGAGCGCACCGGGAUCCUGAACUUCCGAAAGGCCCCGAGCGCCCCGCUGAAAGCUGUCCUGCAGCGCCACCGGGCCUCUCUGCUGCGGCAUACCCAGCAGCUGUGCACCAACGCCUGUGACGCCCGCUCCUGCGGCCUCCUCGAGAUCCGCUACACCCCGCUGCUGCUGCUGGACUACCCCGGCCCCACCGCCCCCCCUGGGCAUGAGCACCUGGCCCUGGCCGCCCACCGCGCCCGCCUCCUCCCGCUCCACGCCCCCCGCCGGCUCCCCCUGCGCCACCUCCUGGCCCCGCUGCCCACCGAGACCCAGGCCCCCCGCCGGGUGGCCCUGAGCGGCGCCGCCGGCAUCGGCAAGAGCGUGACCGUGCAGAAGAUCCUGCAUGACUGGGCGCUGGGCGCGGCGUUCCAGGGCCCCCUCUGUGCCUUGGAUUUCUCCUGCCGGGAGCUCAGCAUGAUGUCCAGCCCGGUCACCCUGGAGGGGCUGAUCUGCGCCAAGCGUCCCCACCUCCAGGAGGUGCUGCCCGAGCUGCUGGCGCGGCCCGGGGACCUCCUCGUCCUCGUGGACGGUUUGGACGAAUUCCGGCACCCAUUGGACGGCGGAACUCCCCGCCACCGGCCCGGCCACCCGGCCCACGUCAAGGAGCUGCUGCGGGGACUCAUCGACGGGACCCUGCUGCCCGGGGCGGCUGUCGUGGUGACGUCCCGGCCGUGCCCGGCCCUCUCCGGCAUCCCCUUUGAUCGCCACUUGCUGAUCCUCGGCUUUGACGAGGACCAGGUGGAGGACUACUUCUGCCGGUUCUUCCGGGAUGCUGAGCGAGCCGCUGCCGUGCAGGGCUACAUCUCUGGCCACCAAGGCUUAGCCGGGCUUUGCUUCAUCCCCCUCUACUGCUUCAUCUUAUGCACCGCCCUGGGGGAGUUCUUCCCCGCUGGCCAGGCAGCUGACCCAUCUCCGCCCACCACCAUCACCGAGGUCUAUCGCUGCUAUAUGGCCACCAUCCUGGGACGCAGCUGGUCUCCGGAGCCGGGCGCCGGGCAGCUGGUCCUGCACCUGGGGCGCCUGGCGUACGCCGCCCUGUUGGCCGGCAAGAUCCUCUUCACCCCAGCUGAGCUGCGGGAAUUCGGAUUCGACCCCCAAGACCUUCCGGGCACUUUCUUCAACCCCAUCUUCUCCAGAGAAGACUACCAGGUCUAUUGCUUCUUCCACCUGACCGUGCAGGAGUUCCUGGCCGCGCUCUACUGCGUGGCUGCCUUGGAUCCUGGCGCUGAGGACCUCACGCCCUGCCUGGAUCUCUGGUGGGAGGGAUCGGCCCAGCAGGACGGAGACCCGGAGCCCUCCUGGACGUCACCAGGCGAAUCCAGUCUCCUCCACUCCACCAGGCAGCUCCUGAGGGGCCACCAGCCCCGGUGGGACAAUCUCCAGAUGUUUGCCAGGUUCUUCAUGGGGCUGCUGACCUCCAGGAUGGAGGGGAAGCUGGAGGGGUUGGCCACAGGCUUCUCCGGAGACGUGCUGGGGCCCGUGGCGGACUGGCUGGGGAGGAAGCUCAGGGGAGACACUGAGAGGCGCCUCCUCUCGCUCCUGCACUGCGUGGCGGAGCUGCGCCAGGAGGGGGUGACGGGCCGGGUGGCCCGUGAGCUGGAGGACGUCAACCUCUUCAAGGUGACCCUCAACCCAGCCGACUGCGCCGCCCUGGCCUACGUGCUGGGGGCCUCCGAGCCCGGGAGAGUGAAGAACCUCAACUUGAGCUACAGCAACAUGGGCAUGGCUGGGCUGCGCAGGAUCCGGGGGCUGCUGCACCGCUGCGAGACGCUGCAGUGA